UAACAUUAGUGCCAAGAAUUAACAGAAAGCUGGAUAAUUUAGGAUAUUAAUUUUUAAGUUAUUAUCAGCAUUGUUAUUAUUAAUUACAUAAUGCAACUUUUUAGUAGUCACAGGUCAUGUAUUUAAAUUGCUAUAUUUGCAAGCACUACUUCAAAGUGAAAUACCUGUUCACUCUUAACAUUGUGAGUCUUGGUGCUAUUACAAGUAAAUCGUUGAAAUAUUCAAAUUCCCAUCUUUACAUAUGUGCUCCUAUACAAAUAAAUUUUCUCUUUAAUAAUUUUGAUUAUGAGAGACUGACUUUUUUAGUUAAAUUGCUGACUAUUUAUUUUGAUUUGGCAACUGUUAUAUCUGAUUUGACCAAAUUUGUUGUGUUUUAUCUACUAAAAUAUUUUUUUUUAUUAAAAUGUUACGUUAUUCUUUUUUUUAUUUUUUCACAGACCAACUCGGAAGGCUUACAAUAUUUUACUUGAUGCAUUUUCUAUUUCGGGAAUGGUAGACCAAGCUCGGACAGUGUUUAAAAGCAUGAGAAGGGAUAGAUACAUGCCAGAUCUUUGCUCAUACACUACCAUGUUGUCGGCUUAUGUUAAUGCACUAGACAUGGAGGGUGCUGAGAAGUUCUUUAAAAGAUUGAUACAAGAUGGUUUUGAGCCUAAUGUUGUCACUUAUGGAACCUUAAUUAAAGGGUAUGCUAAGAUAAACGAUCUUGAGAAGGCAGUGGGAAAGUAUGAGGAAAUGCUUGGGCGGGGAAUCAAGGCCAAUCAAACAAUUUUGACCACUAUCAUGGAUGCAUAUGGAAAAAGUGGGGAUUUUGGCAAUGCUGUUCAUUGGUUUAAGGAAAUGGAUUCUAGUGGGAUUCCUCCUGAUCAGAAAGCUAAAAAUGUCCUUCUAUCUUUAGCAAAAACAGAUGAAGAAAGAAAAGAGGCUAAUGAACUCGUAGUGCAUUUCAGUGAAAAUAGUAGUUUACCUAAAGUUAAUGGCGUUGUUAGAUUCGUUGACGACGAAGAAGAGGAAGAUGAAGAAGAUAAUUAUGAAUAUUUUGAUGCCCAGCUGGCCAGGGCUUAUGAUUCCAUAGAGAUAAGUUGACGAGUGUCAAGUUAGACAAUCAUAGACACUAAAAAUUUUGUACACUUGUAAUUUUAGGGCCUCUGUAUUUUUGUGGUACUAUUAUAUUAUCAGGCAAAAGAAAGUAUCUCUGACAUAAUAACACACCAAAUAUUGGAUAAAGUGAACAUGUCCUUCCUUUAUUUCUCAUCAUCCACUGGUCAAUUAUCAAUUCGAGUUUUUUCAUAAAAAAUGAUGUGUUAAACAGCAAUAUUUGUAAUGCAUAAACAUACUGCUGAAGAAAGUAUUUUGAGAUGAAAGGGAGGAAAAAAUAUUUUCUUCUGAAUAAUUUUCACAUAAAUUUGGUCCAGAUUUCGAUCUUAAUAGAUUAGAAUAUUACAUGUUAGUUCUUGUUAUAUUGUUAGAAAAGAAAGAUAUAAAUAAAAGAAAUAUAGUAUUACAUGUCAUUUAUUUGUGUUGAUUAUAUCAAUUUCGUUUGCGUUUUUCUCUCCUAAUAUCACAUUAGAUUUAAACUCAUAGAUUGCACGGUUGCCUUAAUUAUAAACAUGAAAAGGAUCAAUUGAGUAAACACUUUGAGAAUGAAAUGAGUUGAAGGAAACUUGUGGGAAUAGUAAAACAUACAUAAUUACAUUAUCGAGAAAAGAGAAAAAAGGAGUGAAGACACAAAUUUAUUGACGAAUAACUUUAAAAAGUUGUUAUCACCAUAUAUUAUUAUUAUUAAUACCAUUUGAGAUGUCAUGAAGUAAAUAAGAGAACAGUUGCAUAGAUUAUAAGAGUCUAAUAUUAUUCCAAUUAUAGAUUUCUUAAAAUUAGCAUCUGAUUUAGAUCUAAAGUCGAAGAACUCUUAUUGACUACCUACAUUUUUGCUGAUCCAAACGAUAUGUACAGUCUGUAUUAAUCAAAGGUCCACCCAAAAAAAGGCAUGAAAGACAAACAUAGCAAAAAGGUAGCAAUUCAAACUUAUUUUUAGUGGCCAUUUUUCAAGACAUGAAUAACAACUCCCCCUAUAAAAUCACCAUUUUUUUUUCAAACAGUGACAAGGGAAGAAGCAUAAGGAGGAGGUGGGGAGUAAGGAGCUUGUAAAUAGGGUUGUUUGUAAAUAUUUUAUUGUAAAUAUUUAAUCAAAUUUAAGUAUUUAUCAACCUUAUUUCAGUUCAUAAAUUUGUAAAUAUUUAGAUUGUAAGAUGGCAGGUGGAGCUUUUGUAAAUACAGGAAAAACAAAACAAUUUGAUGGCAAGGUUACAACAUUUGUGUUGGUUACAUGCUUUGUGGCAGCCAUGGGAGGCCUUCUCUUUGGUUAUGAUCUUGGAAUAACAGGAGGAGUGACUUCCAUGGAACCAUUCUUAAUAAAAUUCUUCCCUGGUGUUUAUAAGCAAAUGAAAGAUGAUACCGGUCAUCAUAGUCAAUAUUGCAAAUUUGACAAUCAGCUACUUACUUUAUUCACCUCUUCCUUAUAUUUAGCCGCAUUAGUAGCUUCUUUCUUUGCUUCCACAACCACAAGAUUGAUGGGGCGCAAAAUUUCAAUGUUUUCAGGAGGCUUAUUUUUUCUUGUUGGUGCAGUAUUAAAUGGUCUUGCUGUAAAUAUCGAGAUGCUUAUCAUUGGUCGUAUAUUACUUGGUAUCGGCGUGGGAUAUUGUAAUCAGUCUGUACCAGUAUAUUUGUCUGAAAUGGCUCCGGCAAAGAUUAGAGGUGCACUCAACAUGGGAUUUCAAAUGAUGAUCACAAUUGGCAUCUUAAUUGCAAACCUUAUUAACUAUGGGACUGCCAAACUAGAAAGUGGAUGGAGAAUUUCUCUGGGUGUUGGUGCUGUUCCUGCAAUCAUGCUAUGUGUUGGAUCACUAUUCUUAGGUGACACGCCUAAUUCCUUGAUUGAAAGAGGCCAAAGGGAAGCAGCUAAGAAAAUGUUACAAAAAAUUCGUGGCAUUGAUAAUGUUGAUGAGGAGCUCCAAGACCUCAUUGAUGCAUGUGAGGCAGCUAAACAAGUGGAACACCCAUGGAAGAACAUUACACAGCCUAAAUACAAGCCUCAACUCACUUUUUGCAUAUGGAUUCCAUUCUUCCAGCAACUUACUGGCAUUAAUGUCAUUAUGUUUUAUGCACCCGUUCUCUUCAAAACUUUGGGUUUUGGAGGUGAUGCUGCCCUUAUGUCUGCAGUUAUCACUGGAUGUGUUAAUGUGGCUGCUACUUUUGUUUCCAUAUUCACUGUGGAUAAGUUUGGAAGAAGACUUUUGUUUCUGGAAGGUGGCAUCCAAAUGCUUAUCUGUCAGGUUGCCGUUGGAGUUAUGAUUGCACUGAAAUUUGGUGUGACCGGCAAUGGCUCUUUUAGCAAAAGUGAAGCUGACCUUCUCUUGUUCUUCAUAUGUGCAUAUGUUGGAGCAUUUGCAUGGUCUUGGGGUCCACUUGGGUGGCUAGUACCCAGUGAAAUAUGUUCUCUGGAGACUCGAUCUGCUGGUCAAGCCAUUAAUGUUGCCGUAAAUAUGUUGUUUACCUUUGCUAUUGCUCAAGUUUUCCUAACCAUGCUUUGUCACUUGAAGUUCGGCCUUUUCCUCUUCUUUGCUGGAUUUGUGAUCAUCAUGACUAUCUUCAUUGCCUUAUUCCUGCCAGAGACUAAGAACGUCCCCAUUGAAGAAAUGAAUAAAGUGUGGAAAUCACAUUGGUUUUGGACAAAGUUUGUUGGUGAUGUUAAUAAUGAUCAUGUUAAUAAUGAUCAGAAGAUCAAUGAUGUUCAAAGUUGAAUAUUAAUAUGUGUAUCAUGUUGAUCUUCUAAGUUGAAUAUCGAAUGUAUAUCAUCACAUGAAAUGAAAGUGAAAAAUCAAAGUGAUUCAAUUAU